UAAUUAUUUUUCUUCCUGUUCUGAUUUCUCUCUCCCUCUCUCAAGUGUUCGUUUUUUUUCCAAUCGAGAAAGAAUGGAAAUUUUGCAGGAUGCCGGGAGCUGCGUUUCUCGAUCGCAAUGACUAGUUCAAUUCGCCGCGUCGUUGUCUCCUCAUUAUCUUCGCGCGUAAUCUCCCCCUUCCUCUGCUUAUCAACGGAUUUCUCUUCAUACUCAUUCCUUUCUCUUUCUUCACGCUAUUUGGUUAAUGGAAUUCAUGGACAAUUAGAGACAUUGCUUUAGUAGGAGUUUUAGCUACUGGAGUGGUUAUUGGAUUUGGAAAUUUUAUUACAAUGUCCUCGAAAGGCGAACAUCAAACGGUGCCUCUAUCGGUUCUACUGAAACGGGAAUCAGAAAGCGAAAAGAUCGAAGAUCCUGGGAUUUUACAUGGACAAGCGAGCCAGAGCAAGAAAGGUGAAGACUUUACAUUGCUUAAAACAGAAUGCCAACGAGCAAUGCGAGAUGGUGUUGCCACAUUCCCAGUGUUCGGGCUCUUUGAUGGACACAAUGGGUCUGCUGCUGCUAUUUACACAAAGGAGAAUCUCCUUAAUAAUGUCCUAAGUGCUAUUCCUGCGGAUCUUAAUAGGGAUGAAUGGGUUGCUGCGCUGCCAAGGGCUCUGGUUGCAGGCUUUGUCAAAACAGAUAAAGAUUUUCAAGAGAGAGCAAAAACUUCAGGAACUACUGUAACCUUUGUGAUAAUAGAAAGAUGGGUUGUAACUGUUGCAUCAGUUGGUGAUUCCCGUUGUAUAUUUGAAUCGGCUGAAGGUGAUAUAUAUUACUUGUCAGCUGAUCAUAGGCUUGAAUGCAAUCAAGAGGAGAGGGAGCGGAUCACAGCAAGUGGUGGUGAGGUUGGGCGGUUAAAUACUGGUGGCGGUGCACAGAUUGGUCCUUUGAGAUGUUGGCCUGGAGGCUUGUGUCUUUCACGUUCAAUUGGCGACAUGGAUGUUGGGGAGUACAUUGUUCCUGUUCCAUAUGUAAAGCAAGUAAAGUUGUCUACAGCUGGUGGUAGGCUAAUUAUCUCUAGUGAUGGUGUUUGGGAUGUGUUAUCAGCCGAAGUAGCUCUUGACUGUUGUCGUGGAAUGCCACCAGAUGCUGCAGCUGCACAGAUUGUGAAAGAAGCCGUGCAGGCAAAGGGUCUUCGAGAUGAUACAACCUGCAUUGUUGUUGAUAUCUUACCACUGGAGAAGCCACCUCCUCCUUUGCCACCUCCAAAGAAGGCAGUAAAAGGUAAGUUGAAGUCCAUGUUUCGCAAGAAGCCAUCUGAAUCGUCUUCUCAUUCUGAUAAAGAAUACAUGGAGCCAAAUGUGGUGGAGGAACUAUUUGAGGAGGGAUCUGCUAUGCUUUCAGAAAGGUUUAAUACAAAAUAUCCCGUGUGCAAUAUGUUUAAGCUGUUCACGUGUGCAGUCUGUCAAUUAGAGAUGAAACCUGGAGAGGGUAUUUCAAUUCAUGCUGGCACAUCUAAUUCAGUAAAGUUGCGUCCCUGGGAUGGUCCUUUCCUCUGCACUAGUUGCCAGGAGAAGAAAGAAGCCAUGGAAGGGAAAAGACCUUCAGGAAAUAGAUAUGAUAGUGACAGUGAUUAGUUAGACCUCCCAAAUUACUGUGGCGUUUUAUGGGUACUAACAGUUGUUUCGGAGGUGGGCGUAGAUGGGAAGAUAUCACAAUCAUAUACUAUUUUAAUUUCAUUCAAUUUCUUAUUGGGGUUCAUGGAGCAUUCUGGUCCAUUUGCAAUUGAGGAUUCAUUUUGAUCUAUACUCCAAUUAAGAAGAUCAGAGUUCAAACAUGUGUUUAGAUAUCUGUUUUCUGGGUUCUGAGUAAGAAGAAUGAUGUUUACAUCGAGUUAAAAUGAAAAAAAAGAAAGAGAAGAUAUGCUGAAGAUUUCAUAGACUCGGCAGUGCAUAGUUGGCAUGCUUCAGAGGUACUUCUUUUUUCAUCUGUGUUCAUCCCAUUGUAUACCAGUCCCUCCAAGGCAUAAAACUAACACUAAAUGAUAGUGGACUUGAAAGUGUAAUAUGAUUAUAAUAUAUAGGGAAUUGUUGAGUACUCGAUACACUUUUGUCAGAAGUUAGGCAAAACUUUGCAUGAUUAGCUUGCUGGAUGAAAUUUGUUCAUGUUGAUAAUUGUUCCUUCAAAAAAAUAAUAUUAUUUCUUAAUC